AGUCGCCCGCCCCACCCGCGCGAUGGGCUCCGAGGCGGCCCAGCUGUUGGAGGCUGCUGACUUCGCGGCUCGCAAGCACCAAUGGCAGCGGCGGAAGGACCCCGAAGGGACCCCCUACAUCAAUCACCCAAUCGGUGUGGCUCGUAUCCUGACCCACGAGGCAGGAAUCUCUGACAUUGUGGUGUUACAGGCAGCCCUGCUCCAUGACACGGUGGAGGACACAGACACCACCCUGGAUGAGGUGGAGCUGCACUUUGGGGCACAAGUGCGGCGUCUGGUGGAGGAGGUAACAGAUGACAAGACUCUGCCCAAGCUGGAGAGAAAGCGGCUGCAGGUGGAGCAGGCACCCCACAGCAGCCCCGGGGCUAAACUGGUGAAGCUGGCAGACAAGCUGUACAAUCUGAGGGACCUGAAUCGCUGCACCCCAGAGGGAUGGUCCGAACACCGAGUCCAGGAAUACUUCGAGUGGGCAGCACAGGUGGUGAAGGGGCUUCAGGGGACAAACCAACAGCUGGAAGACGCUCUAAAGCAGCUGUUUAAGGAGCGGGGGCUGACACUCUGAGCAGUAUUUGGAGCCAUCCAGUGGCACAGACUCCAUCCUUGCCCAGGCCAGAGAAGAUUCAUACUUCAGCCUUUCGGUGCCUCCCGAGCUUCCUCCCUGGUUCACUCAGCCCAGAUAUUAGAAACCAAAUACACGUGUCCUUUCUCACUCUGAAGAUCUGCCAACUAAGCUGAGCCCCAGAUUGUGGGAUGAUGCGCCCCAUCCAUUUCUAAUGCAUUCACUGCCCUUCUCCAGGCCUUGGGUCUGAUUGCAUGGUGGGAUCUCUGGCCCCUCAGGGACUUGGGCUUAUAUAUAAACGCUAGUUCAAAAGGCAUUAUGCAAAAUAAAA